AUGUUUGAUUUCACUUCAAAAAACUUGCUUAAACGCUUUCAAAAAGCUCAAAUAUUACAAUCAUCACCACCACCACCUGCAAAACAGCAAUCUCAUGAUACCACUACCAAUAAACAAAAACCUUCUACAGAUUCAAAAAUCAAAGGGAAUAAUAAUAAGAAUAAUAAGAAUACGAAUAAUAAAUCUUCACAAGAACAUCAACAUAUUCAAAUUCUUCCAUGUACUGUUAGUUCACACGCGACUGGCAACUAUUUUGAUCUUCAACCUCUUACCAAGGAGUACCCUCAUGAUAGUGCUGACUGGCAAAUUCGUGGGAUUGACUACCCAGGAAACUUUACAAUUAACUUUUGCGCGCCAUUACUUCUUCCAGUAGAAUUUGAUGAUCAAGGAAAUGAAGUGGCUGCAGCUUCUCGUGAUAAACCAGUAAAAUCUGCUCUCCAAUCAUUAGACGAAACUGCAAAAACUCUUGAAAACGCCUCUCAAAGUUAUAGUGCAAAUGUCUCUGCAGUCUUACGCCUCGAAGAUGGAACCCUUAAAUCUCUUGGUAAAGCUUCAAGUACUCCCUAUUUUAGAGGCCGUAACCUUCUUCUGGAAUACCAUGAUGGUUCUCCAUGUAUGAACCCAGAUGGUUCGCCUACUAAAAUGCGUAUGUCAACUCUUGUCUCGUUCAAAUGUGACCAUGACUUGGCUGCUUCUCAUGCUCUGGUAUCAUUUCUGGGAGCCCCUGAUAAUUGUACUUUUCUUUUUGAAGCACGUACUUUACAUGCAUGCCCGGCUUCAAAUAAACAAGAAUCAGUGGCCCCAGUACCUAUCUUUCUAGUCAUUUCACUCGUUGCAUUUGGUGUUUAUGCUGUGGCAUCUAUUCUUUUAAAACCAAUUAGUGCAAUGUAUGCAAAUCACCAUCAUCAUAAUCAUCAUCCUAGUGGCACCGUUCAAAUGGCCCAUGGAUCUUCUAUAUUACCCUAUUCCAAUAACGACAAGAGUAGUAGUAGUAGUAGCAGCACCAUUAUUACUACAUCUACAUCUUCAACAUCAUCUAUAUCGACCCCUUCAUCAUCGACUGCUGCCCCAUUAUUAUCUUCAAACUUUUCAUUCCCAUUUCCAUUUUCAUUUUUGAAUCCAGUUUUGUACCGGUUACGCAGAAACCAUUAUGUUCCUGGACGACUUGCUGCAGUAUCUCCUGAUGGUGAGCAAAUUACAGUUUUCGAGGCAAUCACCCCGCCACAAGCUGGUUCAAGAGGAGGAGGAGGAGGAGGAGCUAAUAUGAGUAAUACAUUAACUUCGCGUAGCAAUAGUAGUAGUAGUAGUAGUAGUAGUAGUAGUAGCGAAACAGAAAUAAGUAAAGGUAUGCGGCGAAGUAGUAUUACAUCAACAACUGCUAUUGUUGAAUCUGGGGAUAUUGUUUGA